GGAGAAGUGUCAAUAAGGGGUCAGGUAACACCGACAAGCACCGAAAGGCAGAGAGGGUGCAGCGGGGAGCCCAUCGACCGGCCUUGCCUCUGGACACCAGCGCGAGGCCAGCUGGGAAAUGUUCCGAGCACUGGCCAGCGCCAGUGCGGCCCUGGGGCCCCCGGUGGCAGGUUGGGCGCGGACCAUGACCUCCCAGCAGCUGCUGGUGGCCCCUCCAGGGGCCCUGCUCAAGCCCCUGUCCAUCCCUAACCGGCUCCUGCUGGGGCCCGGCCCUUCCAACCUGGCUCCGCGUGUCCUGGUGGCCGGGGGGCUGCAGAUGAUCGGGCACAUGCACAAGGAGAUGUUCCAGAUAAUGGAUGAGAUCAAGCAAGGCAUCCAGUACGUGUUCCAGACCAAGAACCCCCUCACCCUGGCCAUCAGCGGCUCGGGGCACUGCGCCCUGGAGGCCGCCCUGUUCAACGUCUUGGAGCCGGGGGACUCCUUCCUGGUCGGGGUCAAUGGCAUCUGGGGGCAGCGGGCUGCGGACAUCGGGGAACGCAUCGGGGCCCGAGUGCACACAAUGAUCAAGGACCCUGGGAAACACUACACUCUGAAGGACGUGGAAGAGGGUCUGUCCCAGCACAAGCCAGCGCUGCUGUUCCUGACCCAGGGGGAGUCGUCCAGCGGCGUGCUGCAGCCCCUCGACGGCUACGGGGAUCUCUGCCACAGGUACAAGUGCCUACUCCUCGUGGACUCGGUGGCGUCCCUGUGCGGGGCCCCCAUCUACAUGGACCAGCAAGGCAUUGACAUCCUGUACUCUGGCUCCCAGAAGGUCCUGAACUCACCUCCGGGGACCUCGCUCAUCUCCUUCAGUGACACGGCCAAAAACAAGAUUUACACUCGGAAGACGAAGCCCGUCUCCUUCUACCUGGACAUGAAGUGGCUGGCCAACAUCUGGGGCUGUGACGGCAAGCCCAGGAUAUACCAUCACACCACCCCCAUCAUCGGCCUGUACAGCCUGAGAGAGAGCCUGGCCCUCAUGGCGGAGCAGGGCCUGGAGAAUAGCUGGCGGCAGCACCAGGAGGUCACCGCUUACCUGCACGGGCGCCUACAGGGGCUGGGCCUGAAGCUCUUUGUGAAGGAUCCAGCGCUCCGGCUCCCCACUGUCACCACCGUGGCCGCGCCCGCUGGCUACGACUGGAGGGACAUUGUCAACUACGUCAUGGACCAUUUUGACAUCGAGAUCACAGGCGGCCUGGGGCCCUCGACGGGGAAGGUGCUUCGGAUCGGCCUGCUGGGCUGCAACGCCACCCGGGAGAACGUGGACCGAGUGAUCCAGGCGCUAGAGGAAGCGCUGCAGCGCUGCCCCCGAAACAAGCUGUGACCUGGCUGCCCCCCCGAGCCCCGCCCUCCCGGAGGGGCUGGCUGGGGGCACCGGGAGCAAACAGACUCUGCCAGACGGUCGGGCCCCAGGGGGACAGGGCAGCUGCCACCCCAGCCCCAGGAAGUCCUUCUUUCAAGCGGCACCUCCCGGAAGUGGACCACGUGGGCUCGGGACCCACGGCACCUCCCACAUGAGCGGCAGCCCCCACAGGUCCCGGCCGGUGGACACUCAAUAAAGAGCCAUCGGUCAUCUGUC